AUAACAAAGGAGUAUGACGGGUUUCAUAACCAUUCCACUCAAUUAACUAUGAUCAUUGUGAUGAAAUAACUUCAUAAUAUUACGCCAGGUAGGACGGCUUUUAAUGUAAAUGAGCUAUGCGGCAUUUGCACUGCGUUUCGGUAUAGCUGCUUUGUGACAUCAACCUGCAUCAACAAUGGCAACCUGUGCUGUUCGCCGGUUUACACGGUGUUUGUCUUUCUGCUUUUUCUCAUCACCUUCAUGUUAUUCUACUACUUUUUUCACCAUACCAAGAACACCUAAAAUGAAUCUUUGUUUAAAAAGAAAGUUGUCGUACUUGAAUUUUAAGUCGUUUGUGCUAUCACAAAUGUCUGAUAUUCCGGCGACGACGUCAUGUGGUUCGUGCAAGGUCGUUCAAGGUCGGGCACAACGGUCUUGCGUAAGCCCCAUCAAGUUGCAUCCAUUUUGUUCUGUCAGUUCUACUGACCACAGCUUUUCAGAGGUGAGGGUAAAGUAGUAUUCCAUCAUUGAAUUUUGUAGAACUAGUUUUUAGUUUGACUAGCAGUAGCUUUUCAUGCCAAAAAAAUUACCCAGUAGUUCCAUAUAUUGUGCUAUCCGCUGGAUAGUGAUUUAUCUGGUAGAUAGCAUUAUCCAGCGUUUGAACAACUGGGGCCAGCUCUUUUACUGAUGGAGAUUUGGAGGAUGGGGUUUUUAUAGCCAUGGGGAAGGGGAGAGAGAGAGGGAGUCUGUUGUCACUGAUUAAAAUUAGUGGAUGUGUUUAGCAUACACACUACACAUCAUUUCUGGAAAGUGAUGUAUGGAUUAAGAAGGGAAUGUUCCCCGCCUCUUUUGAGUUUUGCUUACUUAGGUGGGUAGUUCCCACAGUCUGAACUUGGAAAAAAUUUCCUGACACAACUUCUUUUAAGCCAUAUGUGAUAUUAACGUACAGUGGUGAAUGCAGGUUCCAAGCAGUUUUUCAGUGUUCUCAGAAAAAUUUGAUAAGCUAAAGCAUACACUGUAUGCCUUGCAAUAAUGUUUUAAUCAUCUUUUAUGAUGAAUUUAAAGUUCCUUGAUGGCUCAUCUAUUUAUGUUUUCUUAAUGGAAAAUACAGUUUUAAUUUUUAAUUUUUCUUGUUUCCUCCAGACCCUCAGAAUUAACAGAGUAGCAAAAAGUGAACACAUGGAUGAAGAAAAGACUGAUUCCUUGUUACCAGCUGAUGGCUGGAGCUCUGAAUUGGUUGAUUUAUACAAGCAACUAACAAGUGAUUUAAUAGAAAAUGGGAGUGGAGACUGGAUUGAACACAGAACAGCUUCGCAUGAUGGUGAAAAAAGACUAUUCACAAAAGCAGUCAUUUCAGAAUUUCCGGGAAAAUUUUUUGAAUAUCAAUUUUUCUUCAGCAAGAAAGAACAGAGAAUAAAAGGGGUUGUUCAGUUUGGACCAUAUACCCAAGGCCCACCUGGGUAAGUGAAAACCUUAGUAUUAUUGUACCAGUAUGUUGAAUGACAUUUUUAAGUCUGUAAGACUGAACAAGGAUUCCCUAUACCCCUCUGCAAAAUUGUAUGUGAAAUUAAUUUGGUAAUUAAAAAGCCCUUUACUGUAUUAAAUUUUGUUUGUGUCUUUAUGUUCAAGGAAAAGAAUCUGGAUCAUUAAAAAGUCAUGAAAUCACAAACAAAAGCCACAAUCAUGCUUCACAGAAAAGGAAAUGUCUGCAUUAGAAUUUGGAAAGCUGUCUUUUAAUUUUUAUUCGAAUUCUUAUCUUUUUACCUUAUUUUUUUGGGAAGUCUGGAGAACAUUGUCAUUGAUACAUCAUUGAUGACGAUGAUGCAGGGUUCUCCAGAAGCUCCAGUGACUGGGUAACGUCAUUAACUAGUUGUUUGCUGAGAGGCACGCUGACUGCCCACAGAAAAUAGUUUAUUAAGUGGGACAAAAAAUCUUUCAGUAUUCCAUUCUAUUUUGGCUCUAAUAGCACUUUUGUUUGAUUGAUGCAAAUGUUGGUUAAGGUGAUCAUCAUCAAGAUCCUGAAAUGCACUUUUCAGGUACCCCAAAGUAAUAUUUCCCAGGGGAUACUGCCAGAUUCCCCCUAUGAAAGGGUGGUAGGCUCCUUCCCAUACCUACCCCUACACACAGUUCUGCCAUGUGAAAGACAUGCCUUUCAAUCUAAGCAGUUGCCGCCUACUUAAUUUUUUCCUCCUUCUAGUUCAAAUAUUCUGGAGAACCCACUUACAGUAUACACUCAUGCCAUGGCUUUCACUUUCAAACCUGAAACUCAAAUUGAAAUCUUUUUGCCCAUAUAAAUGUCAUAUCAAAUAGGAAAAGAAUGACAAAAUUAUUAUUUUAUGAUGAUUUUUAUGCACUAUCCUCAGCUGUGUACAUGGGGGAGCCAGUGCAGCUAUGAUGGAUGCAGCUAUUGGUGUGUGUGUAAACAAGAGUUUUUCCUCUAGUUGCGUCACAGUAUCAUUGUCCAUGAACUAUAAAAGGUGAGAUCACCGUAAGAUUUUGACCCUCAGACAACAUGCUACUAUGGCAUUCUGCAUAAGCUCAGUGUGCUUUGACGCAAGAAUGUUACAGCUCGGUAGGGUGCACACUUAGCUCGACCGUCUACAUGGGAAGUGCAUGGGGGAAGUACUGGUGUAUAUAUGGGGCACUAAGAGAGGAGAUACCUGCUUAGGAAGACAGAGAGGCCAAUAAUAAAAGGAGAAAGAGUAGGAGAGAGGUCUCUCUUCGCAUUCCUUAAAUUCCUCCCUCAUUCUUACUAUUCAUUGGGGUGUUAUUUAAAACUCGUUGCAGGUAUAAAGCUCAAAUUUGGCACGGAUGAAACAUAUUUAUAAGACAUUGCAUUUAUUAGGUUUAACGUAAGGUUUCAAUCGUUUCCAUGGCAACAUGGACGAUUUCUCAUGAAUUAGCUCACAGGUUACAAAUAAAAUGAGGAUUACUAAUUUUUAGUAAUUAUCCUCAUUUUUCAAAAACUACAUGACCAAAUUGUACUUGAGAUAUCGUCAUUUCUUUACACUGUCUAUGAAAGUCCACAAAACAACGCUUUCCCUAAGUGUGCAUGCUCAACUCUUGUGCAUGCGCUGGGGUCACGCGAUAUAACAAAAGCGAUGAAAACGGAAUAAAUUGCUACAGACAACUUCUGGGCAUUUUUCUCAGCUUGUCCUCACAUAUUUUCUUGAAAAUUCCUUUGGCUGCAUAUCUUCUCAUGGUAACUAAAAUGUUAACAGGUGAGUGAUGAAGCAUUUCAACAGGCGAAAACUUUGAGAGUCUAAUUUUGUUUAGAUCACAUCAGUCUUUUGCACGAGCGGAAACAAUUUCGUCAUUGAAAUUUGUUAGUGUGCUACAGAGAAACUGUGAAAACUGAACUGUAUCAGAAACUGUAAAGAAACUGUAUAAGAGAAACUGUCUUCAGCCACCUUAAGCAUUUCAGAAAAAAAGUAAUAUUUUGAUCAAACCAGCCGUCAUUGUUCACAUCUGGAUUCUUGUUUCCCUGAUUUGACUCUGACCAUUCUUGAUCCUUUUUUUGGUACUCCACCCUUUUAAAUUUGCUGACGAUUUAUUAUUACUAUUUUUUUCAUGACAGUUUUCUUCCACUGGGCACAAUUGCACUUGUUGAAUCCAAGGUUGAAAAGGUAGAAGGAAGAAAGGUUUUUGGUUCCGCUGAGCUGAAGUCUCCAGAUGGCAAAGUGACAUAUGUUACUGCCAAUGCUAUAUUCAUUCAAGUGAAUCCAGCGUCUUACAACAAGGAGACUGGCACCAAGAAAGAAUAAUGGUACAGAGAGUAUCUUUAGGCGCUGGCUGGGAUAUGCGAAUUGUACUUAAUUUAUUUUUAGAGGUUGUAAUUAAACGGAAGUCUAAUUCCUGAGACGGCUGCACAUUUAACCCUUUAAGCCCUUAAGAGUGAUCAGUGAAACAAGUUGAGGACAUACCAGAGUCCGCUACAAACUGAUUUAUUUUUCAGCUGCCACAAUACAAGACAAACAAGAUGGCGGACUGACUUCAGUGCAUGAAAACGUGCGUGGAUAGUACUUUGUGUAAGGUAGCCCAAGGCAUACUCACUACAAUCAGCAUCAAAUUUCUCCUUGUUACCAUCAAAGCUUUGUAAAACAGAGUGGUCAUGAGAAUUUCGGACAUGAUCACACAAGAUUAAUUUGCUUGACUUUUUAUCAACUUCUCCCCACUACUUCUGUAGAAAAUGAAUAGGGACAACAAAUGAGAAUUCAAAUUUUGAUCCUAGGGUUUAAAGGGUUAAAUAGAUUGUUUGAAACAACACAGAGUCCACACACGAAUGCCUCAAACCAAACAAUGCAGAAUAUUAUGAUGGCUCCUGUUGAAUUCUCUCUUGAAAACACUGGAUAAAAGUUUGCAGACACUUCGAAUGAAUUUGAAGCAUUUAAUUGGUCUAAACACAACUUUGGUGUAAUUCACAUAUCCCAAGGGCCUGACUGAGCAUUCCACUCUCUGCCCCAUCAUUCCCUCUCUCGUUGGCUCUAAAUUGAGGGAGCAAUUUAGCAAGUGUUAAUGAGCCUAGCUGUUGGAGUUUGCUGGCCAAAUCCACAUUUAUAUUCCUUUUAUCAUCCUUUUAUUUGUAUUUUAUUUGUAUGUAUAUGUACAUAAAGAGAGAACCUGUAAGUUUGUCCCCGGCUUUUCAGAAGCCGUUUACACAUAAUUUUUUGUAUUAUACUGGAUAAUGAGCUAAAACAAGCUGUCAUCUUGUAUUUUGACAC